UUCUAUGGAGUUCUCAGGCGUAUGAGCUAGAGUACAAUAGUGUAUUAAGCAAAUAUGUAAUUGAGAGUUAUGGAUGUCUCCAGAAAACCCAUAGUUAGGAGUAGUGCUAAGGUUCUUUUCAUGUUAGGGUCGCACCAGGUCAUACAUUUUGGGAAUGUUGACGGAGAAAAAAAAUAACUAAAAACUGCCACUACUAACUAAAAACGUUAUUUUGAUUAUAGACUCAUUGACUUUAAUGAAAGUCUGUGCCCCUCUUUCAGAACACAUGGACGAAAAGGAAUGAUCUUCUAAGACAGUCUCCCAUAUUCAUCUACAAGUUAUGAAAAGCAAAGAAACUCUAAAGGAUUGAUACUGAAGACAGAUGGUGAUGGGUCUAUUCUAGGAAAUAGGGCUCACAAAUCUCUCAGCUCAAAGAAACACAUAUUCUGCAUCAUAUUCUGAGGAUUCAUUGAAAUCAUGCACAUCGAAGAUAAGCUUGGUGAAUAGUGUCAGUUGUGGGCACAAAACAGAAGCCUGGAAAAGGAAAAGAAAGAAAAAGAUCAGUGGAUACAGAAGCAAAGUCUGGUGGACAUGGAAAAAAAGCCUAGUGAAAAUGCAAGACCUGCUGGGGAUGCAAAAGAAAAUACAAGUGAUAACAGAGAGUCAGUUGCAGACACAGAGAAAAAGGUUGGUGAAAAAACUACGCAAGAUGAUGUCCCACAAAAUUUGUCUGUGGAAAAUUCAAGCUUAACGUCAGAAAAUAAUGACCAAAAAGGAUCGGCUUUGGAUAUGGAGCAAAAUGCCAGUGAAUCAAUAGAAGAUUCUAGUGAAACAUCAGCUGAGAACACAGAAGAAAUAUCUCACACUGGGUCAAGCGUAGACCCAGAAGAAAACAGAAGCCUGGAGGAAAUAAGAAAACCGUCAACAACGGACAUAGAUACAAAGCCUGGUGAACAUCCAGAGUCAGGUGUAGACCCAGGGGAAUUUGCUGUUGACGCAACAGUUGCAGACACAGAGAAAAAGAUUGGUGAAAAAACGACGCAAGAUGAUGUCCCACAAAAUUUGUCUGUGGAAAAUUCAAGCUUAACGUCAGAAAAUAAUGACAAAAAAGGAUCGGCUUUGGAUAUGGAUCAAAAUGCCAGUGAAUCAAUAGAAGAUUCUAGUGAACCAUCAGCUGAGAACACAGAAGAAAUAUCUCACACUGGGUCAAGCGUAGACCCAGAGGAAGAUAGAAGCCUGGCGAAAAAAAUAAAACCAUCAACAACGGACAGAGAUGAAAAGCCUGGUGAACACCCAGAGUCAGGUGCAGACCCAGGGGAAUUUGCUGUUGAAACAACAGAACAGAGUUUAGUCCGUAACAAAAAUGCUAUUAAAAAAACAGAAUCUAUAUUGAACAAAGGGGAAGAUUUUAAUGAUGGAAAAGUGCCAACUAAUGUCACAGAAAAUAAUAGUAGUCGAACAAAAAUACCUUGUGAAACAUUAGGGCUGGCUGAAAGUGCUAAUACUGUGCUUUACCAGCAUAGUAAAGAAAGUAACUUGCAUGACAGUGACCUCUUCUUGACGUCAGAAGAUACUCCGAAAUAUGGGGAAAAGUCACCGUCUAUUGAAUCAGAAGAAAAAUAUGAGAGCAAGCAAGUGGAAAGGUCACAUGGAGCUAAUUUAGAAGGUGAAGACUCUAAACAGCUACGGGCAAGGAAUCGUUCUCAAUUUAUUCAGAAUACUUCAUCCAUGGCUCCCAAAACUUCUCCAGGUGUGACUAAAACAAGUGAUCCGUAUCUCACUGUUUGGCAGAAGAAGCAAAAAGCACUGGUGGCAGGCUUUUUGUGUGCGGCUGGUGUGGGGAUCCUUUUCUUGUAUUUUCUUUCAGGGUCCAGUCCAUCUGCCGAUCCAAAUCCCUCAGUGCUCCAGAUAUACCAGCGUGAAUUUGAAAGCUACAAAACUUAUUUUCCCGGACAGAAUGAAGCUCUUUGGUUGAGAAGCCAAAAAAUGCAUCUAAAACACCUAAACAAGUCCAAUCCCCUGGAGCCUACUACGCUUAUCCUAACUGCAGCCCGUGGCGGAGAGCGUACCUUGCGUUGCUUAAGUGAACAACUAGCCAAGACAUAUUCCAGUGCAUUAAAUGCAUCUUGCUUGGUGAUUGAUGGAUCUACUAAAGCGAAAUAUGACAGUAAGACUGCUAAACUGCAUAUUGAUCAGAAACUAGAUUCAGGAUUUAAAACCACAUAUCGCGCAGCAGUUUUACAUCGGUUAGAAGAACUACCCGCUGGAUCCUUGCUUAUUCUUUAUAAAUACUGUGAUCAUGAGAAUGCUGCUUUCACAAAUGUGGCUCUGGUGAUCACAGUUCUUUUGGAUGAAGAAACGUUGGAUCAAAAUCUGUCUCUCGCAGAAAUAGAGGAGAAAGUAAAAGACUUCUUGUGGAAACGUUUUACAAGCCCAAAUCACAUAGGCUCCCACAAUGAGAUGGAUGUGGAUAAACUCAGUGGGGUGUGGAGUCGUAUAUCCCAUUUAGUGCUCCCAGUUCUACCUGUAGAUUCAAUAGAAUCUGGGAAUUGUCCCUGGCCUUUGGUGGGACAAGAAGAAACAGAUUAGAAGACACAGGGCAAUUUUGCAUUGAAUGAUGUCCUCUUAAAAGCGUCUCUCUUAUCCAUAUGGUAGAGUAGCAGGACUUAGUCUGUAAUCUGAGAAAAACAA